AGUAUUCCCAGGGUUACCUUUGACCGCGGUACAUCGCUGCGGACUCGCAGUCCUCUGCUGCGUACUGCUCGCUCGUCUAAUAAAUCACUCGUCAGAGCGCUGGAGCUAUAUUUGUUGCCUGAAUGCAUCUGGGACGGUGGUUGAUGACUUCGACCAGCGAGCAAUGGCCUACAACGGUCUCGCACCAUACUACGGUAACGGACCGACGCGUCGCCGACGCGCUCCUACGCCGCCUGCCACCACGAAUGCACUGGAUAAGGCGUUAGCACUGGCCAAGACCGCGAGAGGUGGCGCGGAUCUGCUGUAUGAGGCUCUGGUCAACGCGGAGGGACCGCGGGAUCUGCGUGGAGGCAUCGUUCAGGAGUUCCGGACGGACUGCCGCAGGUCACUCAGAGUUAUUGAAGAGCAGAUCUCCUGGCUCUCAGGGGAAAUCCACAACGCCAGUGUGUCCCGGUCCGGCGAGUCCCCUCUCGUCCUUGCGAGAGCUUCGGAGGAGCUAGUGGCUGUGCAAAGCGAGCUGGCCGCCGUUCUCCGUCUGUAUGACGGGCUUGAGCGUGCAGGUGCGGAUCGAGUAGCCCAAGAGCGAGUUAAGAACGACCACACAAUUCACCUUCUAACGAGCGGCAGUGGGCUCGCAAGCACCACAAGGGGAGAGAGCAGUCGUACGCCGUCUAGGGCCCCUUCGCCGUCUAACGAGGAGAGGUGGCGACGCGUGUCAAACAUUGCGAAGACCGCCCGCGGGCAUGCAGAUCUCCUCCGCGACACACUCAUGUUCUCGAGCGCAGCAGACUUGAGCGGCUCGCUGAUUGAGGAAUUCCACAAGAACUGCAUUGACUCGCAGAGGGACAUCCUCAAACACUUGCAAUGGGCGGACGCCGAAGCAGCCAAGUCACGUCGCCGAGCGUCUUCCUCCUCGACCACGCACGAGGAGACGCUCUUCAACGACCUGAUCGCGACGGACCAGACGCUCACCGACGCGCUGAAGACGUAUGACAACAUGCGACGGGAAGAAACGGCAGCAGGCAAGCGGCGUCAGGCAGCGGCGGACCCGUUCGCAGACCCGGGUGCGGAGCUGGAGGCCGGGUUCGCCGCGGCGCGUGCGGGCAAGGGCAACGCGGAGCUACUGCUGGACGCACUCAGGCACGCGAGGAGGGAGGACUUGUCGGGGGAGCUCAUCCAGGAGUUCCGCAGCAGCUGUCGUGCGUCGCAGACGGACAUCAUCGCGCAGAUCCCACCUGCGAGUGCGGCGGCGGAGCAAUCUCAAAACGUCGCGUCGGGCUCUGGGUCCACGAGGGAGGAGAACAUGCUGGAGGAGCUAUUGGGCGCGAACGAGGUGCUGCUCAAGGCCUUGGAGCUGUAUGAUGCUAUAGAAAGUGGUACCAUGUCAUCACAAGAUACGCUACUGGGUGGGCGAGAUCAAGACUUGUUCUCGAAGCAACUACCGGCAACACCUACGGACGUCAUGUCAGCCCUCGAGCAGCAGACUCUUCAUAUGUUGCCUCCGCUGACUACACAAGACAAGGCAAAGUUCACCAAGAUAUUCUACGCAAACAAUCCGAACAACGGAGUUCUUACCGGCGCACAAGCUCGGAACCUCCUGCUGAAGUCGAAGCUUCCGCAGGACACGCUCUCACGAAUAUGUGCUCAAGGCACGACUUUCAGGGACCUCGCGGACAUCUCGCGUCGAGGCGUUCUCGACCUCGGCGACUUCACGAUCGCCAUGUACCUCGUAAAAGGCUGCAUGUCGGGGUCGCUGCAGCCCCUACCCUCUUCCCUUCCCGCCGCACUGUAUGAACAAGCCGGGAGCAAGCCGCUGCCAACGCUCCCCAGCCAAGACACGGCCCCGAGCGCGUCCCGGUUCAACCCGCCAGGACCCUCGGCGACCCCGAUGCCUGCUGCAUCGAACGCGACUGGGUACUUCGACGGGCGGUCGUCGGCCAAGACGCAUGCCGAGAGGAUAUUCGAGACGCUUGACCCGGAGCGGGCGGGGCGCGCGCAGGGGUACAUGGUAACGUCGUUCAUGCUGAAGGUCGGCUUGACUAUGGAGACCUCGAGUCAGAUCAUGGACGUGGUUGAUACGGGGAAGAAGGGAUACCUGACCCAGCAGGAGUUCGCCCAGGCUAUGCAGCUCGUGGACAGGAAGAAGGCGGGGGAGGAUAUUGCGGCAACUGUCCCGCCUUCGUCGAGCACCCAAAGUGCACUUGCGGGUCCCAGCACUAGUGGUGCGAGUACGCUCUCUCUGCCGUCGUUGCAGACUCGGCCUGUGUCAUCUCUCAUUGACAUGGACGCCCCGCUUGAUCCAACGCUGGUGCCGCUCCCGAGGACACCUAUUUCGCCCAGUCUGCCAAGCCCAGGUGCCCCCUUUAGUCCACCAAACAGAAGCCAAGCGCCCAGCACACAGCCGUUGCAGUCUCAAGCGACUGCCGGUGGGUCUGCGUUCGCGAUAACCCCUACUCCUAGUCCCAGAUCAUCGCCUCCUCGAGGCCAUCAACGCUCUGUUAGCCAACAGUGGGACGUCAACCCGGUGGCGAAGGCGCGCUUCGACACGUUCUUCGAUAACCUGGAUCCGUGGCGGAAGGGGUACAUCGAGGGUGACGUCGCUGUGCCAUUCUUUGCGAAGUCUAAGCUGCCUGAUGGAGAUAUGGCUGAUAUAUGGGAUCUCGCUGACGCGAACCACGACGGACGCCUCACUCGGGAUGAGUUCGCGGUCGUCAUGCACCUCAUCCGCGAGAGACUUAAAGGGCGAGAGGUCCCGCGCACCCUGCCUCCAUCUCUCGUUCCUCCAUCCCUACGACAACCCCCGCCACUACCUCCGCGCGGCGCAUCCCUGCGCACGACGGAAACACCGCCACGUCCGAUGACUGGGUCAACGCCACAACCUAUUCUUGCGCAGUCUACUGGCACACCAUCAAUCGCGCCUCCUGCAUUCUCUGAACGCGCUGAGACGCCGCCUCCGAGUUAUGACGAGGUUGUUAGAAGUGGUUUGAGGUGACAGUGCUCUGGUUCCCGCAGAUGAUUAAGUAAGUUAUAUGGACGCAAUGCUGGAUUGAGUGGAACACAGUGUUCCUCCACUGUAUCCGUAAUAAGUUGUAUGUCUUAGCCACAUGGUGUGUUCUCUGCUUUGUAAGACUAGAUGGACUUUGCUGGUUGUUCGUCCUAGUCUGAACAUGAUGUACUCAACAGUCAGUGGAUGUAGUGUAGUGCUUCGUAAAUUACAAGACUGCUGACGGCUCUCUGUUCCAAAUGCCUGGCGUCCGAGCGCCUCCGGAGUUGGCAGCGUUGCAGCACUGAGCUGCCGCAGAUACACGAGGCAAGUCCGUGCAUCACUAUAGCAUCGCGGAUAAAUGGAGAGCGCGUAGUAACACCUC